AUGAUUCUAUCGACGUCGACGACGACGACGGCGAUGAUGAUGAUGAUGAUGAUGACGACGUCGAUGACGACGAUGACAAUCUCAUCGUCGCCGGGAUGUCCAGCGGGGUGCGCGUGCAAGUGGAAAAACGGCAAGCAAACGGUCGAGUGCGUGGACAAGAAGGUGACGAGCGUGACGAUGGCUCUAGGCAUCGACCCGGCCACGCAAGUGCUGGACAUAUCGGACAACGAUCUGUCGGCGGCCGGGCUGCCACACGACACGUUCGCCGCGGCCGGCCUGUCCAACCUGCAGCGCAUCCACGCGUCCCGUUGCAACGUGUACUACGUGCACGACCGAGCGUUCAGGGGCCUGACAAACCUGGUGGACCUGGACCUGUCCGGUAACUGUCUGCGGCAGGUGCCGACCGGCGCAUUCGCCGAGUGUCCGUCACUGAUGAAGCUCAGCCUGAGCGGCAACCCGAUCGGCGACUUGCCGACCAGGGCGUUCCGGCACCUCGGCCAGCUGACCGCGCUCGACCUGAGCAGCUGUGGGCUGACCGCCGUCGCAGUAGGCGCGUUCGAUGACCUCAGCGGUCUCGACUGGCUCAGGCUGGACGACAACCUGUUAACACACGUUCCCGGACCGAAUACUCUGCCCACCCGGUUACACGGCGUCGACCUGCACCGCAACGACUGGCAGUGCGACUGCCGCAUGGUUGACAUGCACCGGUGGCUGACCGCCUCGCGGGUGCCGGUCACAGAGGAGCCCGUGUGCUCGGGUCCGGCCGCUUACGCUGACGUGCCAGUGCGCCGGGUAUCGGUGGCCGAACUGGCGUGCGCGCCGGCCGCGUACCCUGCCACGCAACCUGUGCAGGACGUGGCCGAGGGCGUCAACGUUUCAUUCCGGUGCCUGGUGGCCGCCAUCCCAGCGGCCACGGUCGAGUGGCUGUACGGCGGCGUGCCCGUGUACCGGCACAACGCGUCCGAGCUCAUCACCGUGGACGGAAACACGACAGCCGAACUGUACGUGUACAACGCGAGCGUGGCCGACGCCGGUUCGUACGCUUGCGUAGCCGAGAACCGGGCGGGUAGGGCUCGCGUCAACUUUACGGUCACCGUCCGGCCCGGGCGACCGUUCCUGGCUGCGGGUACCGUCGACGACCGAUCCGCACCGUCUCAGUCGUCGUCGGCCACGGUGGGUGGCGGUGGGGGGACCAACGGAGGAGACGGCCGACCACUCCUGUACGUCGGCUGUUUGGCCGCCGGCUCGGUGGCGCUGUCGGCUGCGGCCGCCGUACUGGUGGCCAUCAGGUGCAGGCGGGUGAAACGCUCCAGCACCGGCGGCCGAGCCAGCGACUCGUCGUCCACCUGCAAGCGAAGACCCACCGCACCCGCGGCCGACGGUUAUCGGACAGUCAGUACGACAGCCGACAAGGAGCUCUCGGUACCCCCGGCCAACCGUCCGGCACCGGCACGGGCGACUGCCACCUUAGUGACGGUAACAACGACGGGGCCGGAUGGGGCUGACGACACCACCGUCGCGACGACCGAGAGCAAUCCAGACGUGGUGAGCGACGUGAAGCGCACCGGAUGGGAGAUCGAUUUCGAGCAGAUCGUCUGGGCCGAAUGUCCGCCAGCCACCGGUUACGUUUCCAUACAGAUACCGGUGCAGUGCGGCAUCGAGUGUCUGGGUGCGUAUUACGCGACCGCCGCCGAGGCCGUGGCCGGGAGCCGCUGUGGCGGUGCCGGGACCACGCUCCGGAGACAGCGCCGACGGGCGGCCGUGCUGACCGCUUACGACGACACAGUGCAGGUGGUGCGCACCACCGCGCAGGGGGGUUAUCCGUCGACGACCACGGGGCCCGGGACGAUUGGCUUCGCUGCCACCGCCGCACCGCCACCGACCAUCGUUGUGGACGACCCGGACGACGACGUCGGCGGUGGCGGUGUUGGCGGUGUCGCGCCCAUUAUUAGCCCUCCGUUGCCGUUCCGGUCGGGCGACGAAGACGGCGCCGACAAAGACGACUCCAUCGCUCUGUAA